CGGACGCCGAGCGUGGGAGCCAUGGCGCGCGAGGAGGAGAGGGACCCCGAGCGCCGGGAGGCGGCGGCGCGGGCCAGCGGCGAGGAGGAGGAGGAGGAGGGAGAAGAGGGACUGAGCGACAGCGACGACGAGGACGAAGACGACGAGCCCGGCAGCGGCGGGGAAGAGGAAGAGGAGGCGGCGGCGGCCGAGCGGGAGCGCAGCGAGGACGCGCGGCUGCAGCGCGCAGGGUUGCCUCCCGCCGCCGUCCCCGCCGCGGCCGCCCGCGACAGGAGCGGCCGCCGCCUGCCGGGGCCGCUGCCCUGCCGCCCGAGGAUGCCGUCGCCCGACGACGAGGACCGCGAGCGUCGCCGGAGCCGCCGGAGGGACCUUCUGCUGAGCCAGCUCUGCUUCCUGGCCUUGGUGGCGCUGCUGCUCUGGUCGCUGUCGAGCAUGCAAGAGCAUAAUGACCUCGACUUCAUGGACCUCCUAGGAGAAGACCGACAGUGGACGGUGGGGAGGAAGUUAAUGCAGGUGAAUGACACUCUGACUUCAGAAGAUGCAGGACUCCGAAGCAGUAAGAACUGCACUGAACCAGCCCUGCACGAAUUCCCCAAUGACAUCUUCACCAAUGAGGAUCGAAGACAGGGGGCGGUGGUUCUCCACGUGCUCUGCGCCAUGUACAUGUUCUAUGCGCUAGCCAUUGUGUGUGACGACUUCUUCGUCCCCUCCUUGGAAAAGAUCUGUGAGCGCCUGCACCUCAGUGAAGAUGUGGCCGGGGCCACGUUCAUGGCAGCAGGCAGUUCGGCCCCAGAGCUGUUCACAUCCGUCAUAGGGGUCUUCAUCACCAAGGGUGAUGUGGGAGUCGGGACCAUCGUGGGCUCCGCGGUGUUCAACAUCCUGUGCAUCAUCGGUGUCUGUGGGCUCUUUGCUGGGCAGGUUGUGGCUCUUUCCUCCUGGUGCCUGCUGAGGGAUUCAAUCUACUACACGCUGUCUGUGGUGGCGCUCAUUGUGUUCAUUUAUGACGAACAAGUUUCCUGGUGGGAGUCUUUAGUCCUCGUGCUGAUGUAUCUCAUCUAUAUCGUCAUCAUGAAAUAUAACGCUUGCAUCCAUCAGUGCUUCGAAAGGAGGACAAAAGGUGCUGGAAACAUGGUCAACGGCUUGGCCAACAAUGCUGAAAUUGACGACAGCAGCAACUGUGACGCAACUGUGGUGCUACUCAAGAAAGCCAAUUUCCACCGCAAAGCGUCAGUGAUUAUGGUAGACGAGCUGCUGUCAGCCUACCCUCACCAGCUUUCUUUCUCUGAGGCUGGACUUCGAAUCAUGAUCACCAGCCACUUUCCCCCCAAGACCCGACUCUCCAUGGCCAGUCGCAUGUUGAUCAAUGAGAGACAAAGACUGAUAAACAGUAGGGCCUAUGCCAAUGGAGAAUCCGAGGUGGCCAUCAAAAUCCCAAUUAAGCACACCGUGGAGAACGGGACAGGGCCCAGCAGUGCCCCAGACAGAGGCGUGAAUGGGACUCGGAGGGAUGAUGUUGUGGCCGAGGCUGGUAACGAGACAGAGAAUGAGAAUGAGGACAAUGAGAACAACGAGAAUGACGAAGAGGAAGAGGAGGAUGAGGAUGAUGAUGAAGGACCGUACACGCCAUUCGACCUCCCCUCUGGAAAACUGGAAACAGUGAAGUGGGCGUUCACCUGGCCACUGAGUUUUGUUUUAUACUUCACUGUACCCAACUGCAACAAACCCCGCUGGGAAAAAUGGUUUAUGGUGACAUUUGCUUCUUCCACGUUGUGGAUAGCAGCCUUCUCCUACAUGAUGGUGUGGAUGGUCACAAUCAUUGGAUACACACUGGGGAUUCCUGAUGUCAUCAUGGGGAUUACCUUCCUGGCAGCUGGAACCAGUGUGCCCGAUUGCAUGGCCAGCCUCAUCGUCGCCAGACAAGGCAUGGGAGACAUGGCCGUGUCCAACUCUAUUGGGAGCAACGUGUUUGAUAUCCUCAUCGGCCUUGGUCUCCCAUGGGCCCUGCAGACUCUGGCUGUGGAUUAUGGAUCCUACAUUCGGCUAAACAGCAGAGGACUCAUCUACUCCGUGGGCUUACUCCUGGCCUCUGUCUUUGUCACGGUGUUUGGCGUUCACUUGAACAAGUGGCAGCUGGACAAGAAGCUCGGGUGCGGAUGCCUUUUCCUGUACGGCGUAUUCCUGUGCUUCUCCAUCAUGACGGAGUUCAACGUGUUCACGUUUGUGAACUUGCCCAUGUGCGGGGACCACUGACCCGGCCGGCCGCCCGCCGAGCCUUGGGCCUCCUUUUCUGUGCAAUACAAGAUCCAGCCGCACCCCGAGUCACGCGGGCCCCACCUGGGGCCGGGGCCUCCGGCUCUCCCGCGCUGGUCACAGGCCUCCGCUCCUGCCUCGGUGGCCCAGGCUGUCCCCUCCCCUCCCUGCUCCCACUCCUCCUCCCUGGUUUCCUCCCACCCACCCCUUCCUGUCUCCUCCGUGUGAAGACUGACAUCCGCGUGAAUUUUCAAGCUCCAUUUUUGAACAGUGACUGAGAUUCUAGGAAAAAAAAAAAAAAACUGGCUGCUAACUGGCCCAAGCCAGGCAAAACUUAUUACAAUCCCUCCUCCUUUUUUAAGUUAUUGGAUGGAAGACAAACCUAAUUUAUGACCUGAGACUGUCAAAGGAAUAGAGAGGAGAAGAGGGUAUAUCGAUGCUAGGGAGUGUUUGGGAUUUCGUUAUGUUUUGAGGUAAUGACUAGGUGACUGGGUUUGGGGAGGUUGUUUUACUUGGGGGGGGGCUUCCCCCUUUUCUUCCUUUUCUUCCAGAGACGGAGAGCUUCUCUUAAAUCUUCUUUCACUGGGCUCUGGAUUAGCAGACAAUCCACAGGUUGUCCCUGCCAUGUGUUCUGGGAUCAUAUCCCAGGCAUGGUAGAAUAUGCAUGGAUUUGGCACUUAGUAGAGGAACACGUGGGCGGGGCCACCGGGAACACAUGCGUGACGUUUCAUAUCCGUGGACGCCUCCCGGAAGUCCUGUAGGCGUUACCUAGGGGGC